CAAACUAUAUUUUAGAUAAUGUAAGAUCUAAAAAUUUCUUAUCUCACAAAUCAAAUUGAUAAUUUAAGAAUGGAAAUGGGACGGAAUCAUGUCCACCCCUAACCUCAAUCCGGACCGGGGGGGCUUGGGUUGCCGAAGGACCAACUGAGUCACUCACUCACCGCAUACCAUCGGCGACGGGUUUCCGAUUUCGCAUGGCUUCUCCGGUGCAAGCAGUGCAUCCGGGCCGGGUCCGGGUUCUGAAGCAGGCAACCGGGGCUCCACCGGCGGCGGUGGCCGGUCCGGUGGUGUACUGGAUGUUCAGAGAUCAACGGGCGAGGGACAACUGGGCGCUGAUCCACGCCGUCGACCAGGCUGACAAGGCCAAUGUCCCCGUCGUCGUCGCGUUCAAUUUGUUCGACCAGUUUCUGGGCGCCAAAGCCAGGCAGUUAGGGUUUAUGCUCAGAGGCCUCGAGAAGCUCGUCAGCGAUCUCCAAUCCACUCUUGGUAUCCCCUUUUUCCUAUUUCAGGGAGAGGCGAUCAACACAAUUCCCAAUUUCAUUAGAGAAUGUGGUGCUUCCCUUUUGGUAACAGACUUCUCCCCAUUAAGAGAAGUGCGGAGCUGGAAAGAAAGGAUAUGUGAGAGUGUGGAUGGUUCUGUGGCGGUACAUGAGGUUGAUGCACACAAUGUGGUGCCACUUUGGGUGGCAUCUGGCAAAUUGGAGUAUGGAGCUAGGACUUUGAGAGCUAAAAUAAAUAAGCUUCUCCCAGAAUAUCUUGUUGAAUUCCCUACUGUAGGACCUGCCAAAAACAACAAAUGGGCCUUUCCAAACCAUUCAGUUGAUUGGGGACAGCUCAUUGCAGACGUAGUCAGGAAAGGAGCAGAAGUUCCUGAACUUGAAUGGUGUGAGCCAGGUGAACAUGCCGCGAUGGAAGUACUGAUGGGAAUCAAAGAUGGGUUUCUUACAAAACGAAUAAAAAACUAUUCCACUGACCGGAAUAACCCGUUCAAACCAAAGGCGCUCUCUGGUCUAUCCCCUUAUUUACAUUUUGGACAGAUAUCAGCACAAAGAUGCGCCUUAGAGGCCCGCAAAAUUCAGAAAAGUUAUGCUAAGGCAGUCGAUACAUUUCUAGAGGAACUGAUUGUGCGAAGAGAACUUGCUGAUAACUUCUGCUAUUAUCAGCCCCAGUAUGACUCAUUACAGGGUGCGUGGGAAUGGGCACGUAAAACCUUAAUGGAACAUGCAAGUGAUAAACGCGAACAUAUAUACACUAGAGAGCAGUUGGAGAAGGCACAAACUGCAGAUCCACUCUGGAAUGCAUCUCAGCUAGAGAUGGUUCAUCAUGGGAAAAUGCAUGGAUUUAUGAGAAUGUAUUGGGCUAAAAAGAUCCUUGAAUGGACAAGUGGGCCAGAAGAAGCUCUGGCAACAGCAAUAUAUUUGAACGACAAGUAUGAAAUAGACGGAAGGGAUCCAAGUGGCUAUGUCGGUUGUAUGUGGUCAAUUUGUGGCGUACACGACCAGGGUUGGCGAGAGCGACCAGUGUUUGGGAAGAUUCGGUACAUGAAUUUCGCAGGUUGCAAAAGGAAGUUUGAUGUUGAUGGGUACAUUGCGUACAUUAAGAGGUUGGUAGGCGAGAAAAAGAAAAGAAAAGCAGAAACCUUGUUGUAUGAUGAUAAGGCCACUAAGCUCCAGGGCUAGCUACCUAGCUUUUCAUUGUAACUCUCAUCUACAAUAGCCAGAAUUUGAAACUGUGUUAGUCCUAAACUUUCUUCUGGGUUUUUGGAUUGUCCCAAGAGGAUCUUUGUUUCAUUUUAAGGAAAAAUGUGGGGUAUAUAUUUGUUCUUCUCGGUUCUGGUCUUGUUUGUAAAACGAAGCAAAAUCUUAACUCUUUUUCAAUAUAUUUUAUUUAAAGAUUGGUGUGGAAAUAAAAAAAUUAAAUUUAUAUAUUUAUAAAUUACUACCUCGUCC